AUGCAUUUCUCUACUCUACUUGGGCUACUUCCACUGCUUAGCCAACUGGUCCUGGCUAAUACCAUUGACGAAAUCUGUGGGGGAGUCGAUGGAAUUAUCGACUGUAAAGGCUCGUUUGACGUACCUGUUAAGGCCAAGUUAAAAUACUGUCCUCAAGAGGUCUUCGAGGUUGACCCUUGCAAGACUAAAAAGACGUUUAAAUAUCCAUGUCCAACUUGGAAUGACCCGUUUAAGCUGUGCGAUGGCGAGACCUGUGUGCCUGGUACCGUUGAAAAGACAGUUAACCUACCAUGCGGGAUUAAUAUUAUCACAGAGAAGCGCGGUGUCUGUCAAGCCGUCCGCGAUACCUUGGGCAAUAUUGGCAAUGAAUUCAUUGACAAGUCCGGUGCCAUGUGUGGCUGCGUUCCCAAGGUCUUUAGCCUCAUCAAAAACGGAAUUUGGGACCGCAUUGGUACCGUCGGCGGACUUUUAAACAUCGACUCAGUUAUAAUUACUGAGGUUAUCCGGCUGCAAAAGUGCAUUAUCGACAAGAAAUUAGGCGUUAAGGAUGACCGCGAUGAAGUCAUUGAGAAACAACUGACGCGUGAGGGCGGAUGGGAUGUUCUUCGUGCAAAAGAGAUUGAUAUUGCGACAUAUGCAGAGAUGGUUGCGGCCGUCUCUCCUUGUCUUUCUGGAAUAUGUGACCCAACUAAUAUUUCAUAUUUCUUUACUCGGUAUCUCAAAGAAACAGCAACGCAGUUUGGUCUCCAGCUUCCAAAGAUGCUCCGAGAUUGGAUCAAGCUGUUUGAGAAACUGAACAGUAUCCUCGUCGCAAUAAAAUCCUCAUCCCAAACAGUCGCGACAAAUGUGGCAAGCGUUUCCAGCAAGGUGCGGACUACGCAGAAGGCUGCUUGCACAGGAAAAUUGUGUGUCGGCCCUGGCAUCUCAGGGUUUAACAAGAAGGUUGCGAAUGCUAUUGCUACAACGCAGGCCUUAAUGAACAUGCAAAAGGCCGCCUCUGAUUCCGCAAAGAAUACCCUUGCGAUGGUUGAAACAACCAAGAGGGUCAUUAAAACUUCCCAAUCGAUCCCAGACGCGAGCUUCUUCGUCAACUUGAUCAAGAGUGGAAAGCUUUCUAAGCUUGAAGAUAUAGGUCAGGCCAUUCAACUUACCACGGAUUUACCUGAAGCAGUUACAGAGCUUGGGGGCUUGCUCUCGCCUAUAGCCGAGCUCGCCAGUGGAUUUUCACCUUUGUCGGAGAAAGCUCUUGCAGCUGUCGAGGAGGUUAUUGCCUACCCAUGGAACAAAUACGCCAAAGAGCUCCAGGCAGACUCUUCUGGAAAGCUCAAAAAGCGACUGGUAGAGAUUCAGACUCUAUUCAAAAGUCAGCUACAAAAGCCACUCAAGGAUAUUAGCACAGGUGUCAGCAACUUACAGGUUCUUACAGAGAGCUCUCCUGUCAAGCCUGGUAACUUCCAAUAUGACUCAGGUAUUGUUAGCUAUAACCGAUGGACUGAACUCUCUAUGGAUGUUCCAUGCAUGAAAAAAGCAAGGAGCAAGUUUGAGCUUUCCGGGUUUAAGACAUUCUAUGACUCUCGUCAGUUUUACAGCUGCAAGUUUGGACCCCAGCAGAUCCCUUGGCCUGACCAUUACAUUCCCUAUAUUAAGUUCAGGGUUGGCUCUGCUGACAACUAA